UCUUUUUGUGUGCAAUAAAGAGUAUUUUAUCUUUAUCUUUUAUGACUUCUCGAGAGAAGACACACACUACAGACAAAAUAGUCGAGGAACCGAAUGUUGAGGCGCUUCUUUCAAGAGGACUAUUGCCAGUUCUAAACGCUUGUUUAUAAAAAGACAACUCUCCUACGCUCCUACGAAGGCCCAAAUCAUAUUUACUUCAGAAUAAUAAUAUUCCUGUAAAAAUCGAAAUUAUCUUUGCUCGAGACAUUAAAAGAUUAAACUAAACCAUAAAGGAGCCGAUGACUGACAGUUCUGACUGAAGAAUGUUUUUUGUAGGCGAUUUAACCAGAUGCUUUAUUUUUACGACAAUUUACAUAGUUUAAGAUUUGUAUUCCUUUUAUACACGGCUGCGGUUACCGUUGCUAGCCAUCUAAUAGUUACUGAAAAAGGUUUGGGUCCUGUAACUGAAAAUUCUGCUGGCCUUCAGCUAUAUGUUUUACUGAAUAACACUUCGGAUGUUGAUGAUUAUGAUGUGGAAUUCGUCCCGGAGAGCUGUUGUUUAAGUGGCAAUAACGAAGUCAACUGCCAAGUUAUAGAUGCUUUCGGAUUAAGUGAGCACAUUCCAAGUGGAACAGCAAAAAAACUCACGUUAGUCGCGCCACUAAUCAAUCUGUACAAUCGUAAAGGAAAUUGCAGUGCGAUGAUAGAAUCUAAAAGCCAAGGUGAGACUAUUGGUAUUAGACGUGUGGUAAUAAACUUUGAUACGAACGAUAAGUUUUUAAUGGAUGGUGAUUUUGAUGAAGCUAUUCAAUGUGCUAAUGAUGAUGAGGACCCUUUAAAUGAUUGCGAGAUGGUCGAUUGUGAUGUUUACUAUAAUGGCAUGAAAUCUUUUCCUAAUAGAGAAGUGAGACAGUGUAAAGAAGUACCCGCUUGCAUUCCAAGUCAAGAAUCAGAUACGCCAAACGUAGUUUACGAUCCUGUAUCAAACGAUUGCCAUAGUGCUACACUUGUAUCGGAGGACGAUUUAGAUUUCCUAACGUUUAUGUACAAUUCUGGAUUCACUCCUAUCGAAGCUCCUACUGCAAUUCCCACUGAGGAUGAUGUGGAUAUCAACAGCGUGAUUUACUAUAACAUGAAAGAUAAUAAUGUACGCUCGACAAAGAUCUAUCGGCACGCUGUAACAGAAUCACCAUUUAGAACUUACUUGGAACAGUUAAAGAAAGUGAACCUUACAUCUAUUUUAUCCUUGUUUCGUUCCAACAAACGCAAAAAAGUUAAAGACGAUGAUGGUGAUGAUGAUAGUUACGAUGACGAUGAGAAAAAGGUUAAAAAUAAAGAUAGUGAUGAUGACGAUGAUAAAAAGGUUAAAAAUAAAGAUAGUGAUGAUGACGAUGGUAAAAAGGUUCAAAAUAAAGAUAGUGACGAUGAUGAUGAUAAAAAGGUUAAAAAUGAUGAAAAAGAUAAUGAUGGAGAAAAUGAAGAAGAAGAAGAAAAAAAAGUAAAACGUCGGUCACGAAUACGCUGUAUAAUAAUGAUACUAGUAACUAUAGUGAUUAUCCAAUGCGGCUUUAUAUGUUUUCUUACGAGUUCUUUGACUAAGGAAGGGCAAAAUAUGGAAGGGGAGGAUAAUUGUUACACACAACAACACGUAACAGUUAAUACCCCUUUAAUAACUCCUAGCAACGGAGAUUCAGAAACAACUGAUUAUAAAUAUAACAGCGAAUCAUCGAAUGUAAACCAUAAAAUUCAAUCGUACAAGGCGAUACAAAAAGAAUUAAACAAGCCAUAUUCAGUGAAAAAGAGUCUAUCAGACGACAUUCUAUCUAAAUGCCUCAACAGACGAAAUUGGAAUCAACAUAAAUUCAAUGCAGAAGUGAUUGCUGAAACUAGCUUUGACGAUGCUAAAAGCAAAUUUGAAGAGAAAUGUAUAAAUUAUAUCGGAACACCCGAUAAGCUAAAAGAAUCUUCAAAACCACAAGACCAAAUAGAACAAGAUAAUGAAAUAACAUUAACAAAUGCUAGCGAGAAACCACACGUUACAUGCAAUAGAUGUAAACUCAAAAACGAUGGUGAAACGAGUUUAAAAAAAGGUUUAUACUCAGAAGAAGUCAUCAAAUGUUACAAUUACAGCAAUACCAGUGUGCAAGCUUGCUUAACGGAAUCAGAAAACACCUUACCUCUCUCUUUAAAUCCGAAAACAGAAGAAUCCAUAUCAGAAAAAGCAACCCAAGCUUACUUCUCAAACGAUUCAAUAGACGAAUACUUAUCUGGAAAAGGUUUGGUUCUAGCGUGUGAUGCAAGCAACAUAUCCAAAUUAUCUUUGACUGAAUCUUCUUCAAUGCUGACGACUAGCAAAACGUCGAAGAGCAGAAUGCGAAGUGUAAUAUCUUCCAUGUUUAGAAGAAAAGUUAAAACAGGUCCAUCUUCGGAACCGGGCACUCAAAAAUCCAAGGAAAGAUUGAAUCUGGAACUGCUACACAUGUCCCAGAAUUCUUUGUUUUCUUCCAGCAUCAAUGACAGUAUGCGGGAAAUACAAACCAUCAGCGAUUGCAGAACUUCAAUGUGAUAGUUUUAGUUUUGUAGGUGUAUAAAUUAGUUUAUUUAUUACAGUAAUAUUUUGUA